GCACUUCCGCGCGUGACGUCAUAGUUUCCAUAUUGUUUUCAUAAUAAAAGGAAAGCUUAGCGAGUUUUAUACUCUAUCUACUGUCGAACAAAAUAACUUUUGAUAUAUUUUAACGUAAUUGUAAGCUUGAAAAAGAAGAAAAUAUGGGCUGUAUAAUUGGAUCUCUUGCAGGAGCUGUCGCCUGCUGUUUCGGAUCAGCAGCAUGUAGUCUCUGCUGUGCUUGUUGUCCAUCAGCUAAAAGCUCAACAACAACAAGAAUCGCAUACGCAUUUUUACUUCUUCUUGGAACAAUUGUUGCUUGUAUUUUCCUAGCUCCAGGCCUGGCUGACAAAUUAAAAGAUAUACCAGCACUCUGUAAAGGGACGUCGUUUUAUGAUGCUAAAUUUGAUUGUACCUCUAUUGUGGGUUAUCAAUCAGUCUAUAGAAUAUGCUUCGCUCUGACUAUGUUCUUCUUUGUCAUGAGUUUAAUCUGCAUUAAGGUAAAGUCAACGAAAGAUCCGAGGGCAGCUUUACAUAAUGGAUUGUGGUUUUUUAAACUUCUAGCAAUUAUUGGCAUUUGCGUUGGAGCCUUUUUUAUAAAGGAUCCAAAUUUUGCCAAAGCUUGGAUGGUUAUUGGUAUGAUUGGGGCGUUUCUAUUUAUUCUCAUCCAACUUGUAUUGCUUAUCGACUUUGCCCAUUCUUGGAAUGAGAGUUGGGUUGGAAAGUUUGAAGAAAGUCAAAACAAAGGAUGGUAUGUUGGUUUGCUGGCAUUCACUAUCUUCUUCUACGCUAUUGCAAUUACUGUUCUCACCCUUUGCUAUGUUUACUACGCCAAAGGAGACUGUAAACUUCAUAAAUUUUUCAUUUCCUUCAAUUUGAUUCUCUGCGUAAUCGUAUCUGUUAUCUCAAUUCUACCACCUAUCCAAGAGGCUUCUCCUCAUUCAGGCUUGUUACAAUCAUCGCUGAUCUCUUCUUACGUUAUGUAUCUCACCUGGUCGUCCAUGACUAAUAAUACGGAUAAAAUGUGCAACCCCAGCAUUUCCGAUAUUUUACAAGGAACCGUUGGACAUAAUACAACAUCAUCAGGUACAGGCUCCGAUAAGCUUGCGACAUUUGAUUGGAAAAGCGUUAUUGGUUUGGGCAUAUGGUUUGUUGCUAUCCUAUACGCAAGUUUGCGUAGUACUUCGAAAGCAGGUAGAAUGAGUCUGUCAACUGGAGAACAAACUUUGUUAACUGAUGCAGCUGAUACUUCGGGUAUGACCUUGUUUUAUUACCCAAGCUUGCGUAGCUCUGGACAUAGUCAAGCUGGAAAAUUGACCUUAGGAGGGUCAAGCGAAUCAGCAAAUUUACCUAAUGGUGAGUUGGAGGCCCUUCUAGCUCCCACUGGGUCAACCCAUUUGGAUAAACUAACAAUGACAACAAAAAAAGAUGACGAUAUAGAGAAUGCAACGAUCGUUAAGAAUGAUUACAACGACGCAGAUUUUCGUAAAAUAGAAGACGAUGGAUAUGAUUUAGAUGGUCAGGACGACAAAGCUGGUACGGUAACAGACAAAGAUGAUAAAGGACAAAAGGUGUGGGAUAAUGAAGAAGAAGGUGUUGCAUACAAUUACUCUUUCUUCCAUGCAAUGUUUAUGCUGGCCUCAUUAUAUAUUAUGAUGACGUUAACACAUUGGUAUAAACCGGAAAAUGGGAAUUUGUCCAACUUCUCAGCAAACGAACCUUCAAUGUGGGUAAAAAUUAGUUCCUCUUGGGUUUGUGUAAUUCUGUAUGUAUGGACAAUUGUCGCUCCUGUUGUUCUGCCGGAUCGAGACUUUUCUUGA